AUGGCGACAGAAGAACAUAAAUAUUUAGCAGGUGUUAUAAAAAAGACUCAUGCCACGUUGCGAAAAGAAGCUCAGGAUCAUGGUCCUGAGAUUGCAUGGAAUCGUCAUAUAACUCGUAAAGAUGUUUUACAGGAAUAUGCCCAUUCUAUGCAAAAAUUGGCAACUACAUAUUGGAUGAAAAAUAAUUUAAACACAGAAAGUUCAACUCAUUCUAGGAUAGAAUGGAUUAAAUUUCAAUGUCAAGAGUAUUUUUUAAAUGGUGGAAGUCAAAAAUAUAAUAAUAGAGAAGAAAGUAUUAGGAUAAAAAUCAACACAAAUAAUCUAGAAUCUACUGAAGUUCCUAUAAAUUAUAAUUCAAGCAUUGAAAAUAAGGAAAGUCCAAUACCAAAAUACUUUGAUAACAACACAGAUUUCUUUACUCAAAAAAUAGCUUUGUUAGAUGUAGGAAGUUGUUAUAACCCUUUUGGAAGUUUGAAUAUCUUUGAGGUAACUGCAAUAGAUCUGUAUGGUAUACCAGAUAAAGUUUUGGGUUGUGACUUUCUGAAUGUUCAUAUUGGAAAAGAGAAAAUACUUUCUGAUAAUAAGGAAGAAGUUCUACAAUUGCCACAAAACUCUUUUAAUGUAGUUGUAUUUUCUUUAUUUUUGGAGUAUCUACCAUGUCCAAAACAAAGAUAUAUUUGCUGCAAAAAAGCUUAUGAUCUAUUGCAAGUUGGUGGUAUACUUUUCAUUAUAACUCCUGAUUCAAAACAUGUCCAUGCUAAUGCUAAACUUAUGAAAUCAUGGAGAUAUGUACUAAGUAAGUUAGGAUUUAUGAGGAUAAAAUAUGAAAAACUACGACAUAUGCAUUGUAUUGUCUUUAGAAAAUGUAUAUUUAAAGAUGUUGCAACAAGAUGGGCAAAUUUACAAAACUUAUCCAAUGAUGAUCCCUUAUAUUUUGAUAGUACUGCAAUUUAUAUUCCACAAGAUUUUCGAAAUGAAUCUGAUGAAAUCAAACAUCAAGAUCAAGAAGAAUAUGAUUCAGAUGAAAUAACAUCUAUGUUUGGAGAAUUACCUUUUGAUGAAUAACAAAAAAAAA